CGGCCGCCAGACUCGAAACCUGAUUGGUCGUCGGCGUUUGGUUUGCGCAGUGCAGGCGGUGCAUUUUCUAAACCCUGACCGCCGAUCAUCCCCCGAUCAGGUCUGGAUCAGCCCGGUAUCUGCCCCUGGAUGAGCUGCUGAAUGAAGAGCGGGGUCCUGACCGCAGCCUCAGCCCAGCGCGCCCCAGAGCAGGUAAUUAUCACAUCUAAAGGCAGGUCUACACAGAACUUCACCUUCCGCUGUUCUGGAGAGGGGAAGAGAAGCUCUCUCAGAUGGAGAAUGGAGACUGGGGAUACAUGAUGACAGAUCCGGUGACCCUGAAUGUUGGCGGUCAUAUAUACACCACCUCGUUGUCUACUUUACAGCGUUACCCAGACUCCAUGUUGGGCGCCAUGUUCCGCGGUGAUUUCCCCACAGCCAGAGACGCUCAGGGAAACUUCUUCAUCGACCGCGACGGGCCGCUGUUCCGCUUCGUCCUGAACUUUUUACGGACAUCAGAACUGACAUUGCCAUACGAUUUUAAAGAAACCGAGCUGCUGCGUAAAGAGGCGGAUUUCUACCAGAUAGAGCCGCUGAUCCAGAGCUUGAGCGACACAAAGCCACCAUACCCGUUGGACACUUUCGAGCAGGUGGUGGAACUCUCCAGCACCCGAAAACUCUCUAAAUACUCCAACCCUGUCGCUGUCAUCAUCACCCAGCUCACCAUCACCACAAAGGUGCAUGCUCUGCUUGAAGGCAUCUCCAACAACUUUACCCGCUGGAACAAACAUAUGAUGGACACCAGAGAUUUCCAGGUGUCAUUUACCUUUGGACCAUGUGACUAUCAUCAGGAAGUGUCCCUCAGGGUGAACCUUGUAGAGUAUAUCUCCAAGCAGGGUUUCACCAUUAGGAACACCCGUGUACAUCACAUGAGCGAGAGAGCCAAUGAGAACACAGUGGAACACCACUGGACGUUUUGCAGACUGGCACGCAAGGUUGAAGACUAAUACUGGGAAAAUGAUAGGCUGGAAGUAAAAGCAUCCUAAAUAAAGCCAAAAUUCAGGAACAUUUGAGAAGAAUGGCUUUUGUAAAACACAAAACUGGCAGCAGAUGGAAAAGAGGCAAAGUCUAGCUUCACAUGCAUUGGAGAAGGCAUGCAUUUGUUCAUCACCUUCCCAGUUUCAGAAGCACUGUAGGUGACAGUGGAAGUCCUCGUGAGGGAAAGCCAGACCUUCACCUCUUUUUUCUGCUUCCAAGAAUUGGAAAAACUAAACUGGGAAAAAUAUGGUAAAAUUUUAUUUAAAAUUUUACCAUACCAUUUUAAGUUUGUUUGUGCCUAGGCUUAUUACUAUAGCAGACAGUCAUAAAUAUAGUUACAUCUGUAUGAACAGGCCACACCUUCAACGUAACAGAAAAAACACCUGUCAGUCACACAUUCCAAUAUAUCUGCUCACUUAAGAAAUGGGUGUGUUCAAAUAAAAGCUGCCAAAAGGUGGAUAAAUGCAACCAAUAGACUUACACAUAUUGCAUGUUUUAUGGUUCCAUCCCUGUGUUAUUUUUCUGUGGUGUGUAUAGAUGUACCCGUCAGCUGUGGUUGUGAAGUAUGCCAUGCUGACAUGAAGUGAGGCCUCAUAAUGGAUCAUAGGAUGAUCAGUAUUUAACUAUUUAAUAUGCAAAUGUAAAGUCUAACUGAAUAAUUGCAGAAAGCAUUGCUACACUCUUAAUCAUAUAGAUAAACUACUUUUUUUUGGGGCCCACUCUUCAGGCCUCCGAGCAGACUCAAAUGCUGACAGUAUAGCAAUAUAACGAAUUUUGGGAUGCUGGCGGGCACAGGCGUCUGUUUGCUGAUAAGCUGGGGAUCUGGUGCUUUCCUCUGACUGCACUGGCUGCCUACUGAUGUUGCAGCUUAUUGGCUGUAAAUGGACUUUACAUGUGUCGGAGAAGGCAUGCUUUUGUCCAUCAUCAUCCUAGUGUUGCAUUGUAAGUAAUAGGUUGAGUCCUAGUGAGUGGGUCAGUUAAUGGGUGUUGCUAAAUUAGAUAAAAAAUAAAAUUAAACGCUUAUUUGACCUAAUAAUUUUUUUAUUAAUCAUAAAAACCAUUGUUCAGUCACUACUAUGUUUUAUGUGUUAAAUAGACGAUUUAAUAAAUUCUAUAACUACAAAAGAAUUAA